GCUCAAUCCAAGGCACUGCCCAUUGAAAUGCGUCGAGAACUCUAGCGGAAUCCUAGAUUUUGCACCUCCAUUGAUUCCCCCAAAAACCCUACCGGUGGUUCUCUCCCUUUUCACUGCCGGAUUGGAGCCUCCCCACCUUCUCCCUCUCGAUACGCCAUCUCCCCCUUCUUCCGAUCUCUCUUACGCACACAAACACACAUACCUCCAUACCGAUGGCCGUUUUUGGGUAAUUCUAACUCUAUCUACCUCCUCUUAUGGCGGAACCCCAACAGCGGCGAGUCUAGAAUCGGGUCGACAGCGGGUGGGGCGGUGGCAUCCCUACGAUGGCGAGCAAGGUUCCUCGACAUCGUUGACCGAGCUCUGUGGUAAGCGAGAACGGCGGAGUCCCUGCGGGUGUGGACAUCGGCGGCGUUGCCGGGGACGGUACCUGAUGGGGUUUCGUUUGCCUAGGAGCACGAGUCAGGUGGGAUUCCGCCGAGAGAGAAGAAGGGAUCUCUGGGUUGAUGGGUCAGAAUUUUAGAUGGAACCAGCGAGGGGAAGACGUUAAGAAGAGAUAUGGAGGUUGAUUUCGGCGCGGCAUGGUACCAGCAAAUAUUCAUCUACCUCCCCUAAUUUGGUUACAAAUGAGUUGAUUGUAGAUUGGUAGAGAGCCAAUCCAGGAGUUAACGGCGAGAUUAGGGGAAGGAACGCACUAGAUGCAGCAAGGGGAAACUCCAGCGGUAGCUGCUGACGGCGGCGGGUGUGGACACAGUUGAUGGGUCGGCGAUUUCACGGUAACUCAGGGGGCCGGUAUGACAGAGAGCAGCAAACCUGGGAUUCCGCCGAGAGUUUUAGAUUCCGCCGAUAGUGUUUGGUGAGUAGGGGAAAAUGUUUGGGUACUCUCCCAGCGAGACGGAAUAAGAAAUUUGGGGUUCGUUGACUGGAAAGAAUUAGUUUGGGACUUGCUGCGCCGGAAUUUGGCUCCCCCUCCGAAACUCCUGGGUUGAAUCCCACCUCUAAAACUCACUGCUAAACCUAGGUAUUCUCUCUGAUUCCAGCCCCUGUGCUUUCAAGAUUUUCCCCCAACUCAUCCUUGACCAAUACCAAUACCCAUAAUAACCGCAUGCUAACAUACAGGAAAGGGACCCCCGCAACAGAACAUAUACAUCUUUAAAGGGAGGAAUUGUUCUUUGGAAAAGGCAUUAGAAUUUAGAUGUUCUUUCAUGAUAGCCAACAUGAAUUAUUUAUGCUUCUCCAUUAUGUUUAAGCCGCAUAUAAAAUUGGAUAAGAGCUGGUCCCUCUUUGAUUAAGGUUUGUGUUCUUAUAAGUUAUACCAUUAGUGAAAUUGUUGCUUUUGUAUCCUUACACAGCAAUCUAUAGCUUUUUGGCUUUCCCCGACCAUGCUUUAUCCUCUUCCUAUAGAUGCUAACUGCUAAACUGCUCAAUGGUUUGCAGGUUAAGAUUGAGCCAAUUUGGGGUGUUUUACCUUCCACAUGGCACAUUUCAGAAACUCUCCAAAUAGAACAGAUGUAGCUCACAGUAGAAACUCAUGACAAGGUUAAGUUAGUGAAGCUGUAUUCUAUACAUUGCCCUUCGAAUCAUCGGAAACUUAUAUGGAUACCUGAACAAAUAGAAAGACGCCUUACAGUAGAAACUCACCAAAUGUUUAGUAAAGAACAAUUAUGUAAAGUCCUGAAAACUAUCUAAUCCUUUGUAGUCCAAAUUCACUUGAUAUUUACACCAUUAUCUUGGUAUCAUGCUUUCUCUCUAUUAUGUGGAUAUUAGAUUUAAAGAUAGCAAAAAAUCCGCAUUAUUUUUCUUUGAGUACCACACUUGCUGACAUGCAUCUAUUUUGUUAUUCUUAUGCUAUUGUCUAAAAGGACUAACAAGUUUUACCUGAUAUAUUCACAUUGUGUGUUGCCUGUAGUGAAAAUUGUUUAAUGCAAGAAGAUUGGUUACUCAUAUCGAGAAAGAACAGGUAAUGAGUGCUUGCAUACCCAAUGGAAGGGAUUUCGCUCAUAUUUCCCUUUUGUUUUGUGAAUUUGUGUUCAGCCUUUGUUUACUCAACUUUGAUUUGUUUAUUUUCUCUGGUGUUUUUUCGUUUUUACAGUUUGCUCUAAGAGACAAGCCUGAUCUUGACACGAGUUUGCCAAAUCAUAGUAAAUCGAGUACUUCUGAGAUCCACUCAAUCUGUGUUUACCUUUCUUUUGGAUUAAUUGUACACUUCUAUAUAUAUGUAUGUCUUAAUAUAUGUAUGCAUUUCUAUGGAUAGUUAAGGUUUGAAAUGGAUGACCAGCUGCUGCAUUUUCUGUGUACAUUGGCAGGGCGCCAUUGUGAUCGAGUUAUGUUUACUUUCUUUGACUUAACAAAUUUUUUUCUUGCUGGAUUCAGACUUCUGCCCUUUCUAUUUAAGUAUAACUUUUGUGUUAUUUUUACUUUGAUGAGCCUCAUUCCAGAGAAUCUCCUUUUGAUUUCACCUCUUGAUCAAUGGAUGUUGGUGUGUCUAUUAGGCUGUGGUGUUACUGUUACAAAGCAGCGACCUUUAGGAUUUACCACCUUAAAGCAACAUGGAGAUCCAUUUUGGCAAUUUUCUCCUCUGCAAUGAUCAUUGAUGUCAUACCUAAUUUACCAGGUUACUGUUAUUGCACCUUCCCUCUGUUUAUGGUUUAAUGCAUGUGUGUUUAGCAUACUAAUUAUAUGAUCUCCAUUUGGACCCCUAGAAACUGAUGGUCCAAGCUAUUUCCUUGACUUGCAAGUCCAUUUUUGAAACUGUAGAAACUGGAUUGUUUUGACUUUUUCUUGCUUGGUGUGUUUGUAGCCACGCACUAAUUUCACGCUUGGCUUUCAGAAUACUGUAUCAGCUCUGCUUACUUAUUAGCCCCAAUUUCAAGCCUUCAAAUGAUGCAUGCUUCAUGGAUCUUAGUGUCAUGUAUUUAAUCAGAUACAUUUUGCUAAUUCUUUUGCAUGAUAUGUUUACAAUGACUACUUUCACUCGCAAAGCGUAACCGAACGGGUAAGUUUUAGUAUAUUUAAUUAGUGAAUGCUGAUGAUUUCACUGGUCUGCCUGUGAGCUAGCACGUAAGCUGACGAUAUACAUCUUCAUAGCUUCAUAAAAUUGGUUUUCUUUGUCAGCCUUACAGGAUAUACAUCUUCAUACGAAAUAAUCAUUGAUCAAUUAUAGGAGACAUGUUAGCAAGACUAUGCACUUGAGCUGUUUAGAGAAAUGAUGGGGAAGAAGAGCAUAGGAAAGUGAUCAUUUUCUAGAAGGGUUUCGGAUGGGAUUGAAUGUACCGAAAGCAUGAAUGUUGUAUGAUUUCUUGCCUCAUUUUUAGUUCGACCCUAAUAUAGUAUCUUUCGAACAUUGUGUUUUCUUUAAAGUCGGCCAUCUAUUGUACAAAUGAAUGUUGUAUCAAUUGUUAAACAAGAGCGAGAGGAACUUGAUGAACAGAUUCAUGGACAAGAAACAAAAUAAAUUAACAUUAUAGUUCUAAUGACAUAUUUAUUUUCCUAUUUACACCAUAUAUCUAUUAGUAUGAUGAUGACUACUCAUCGCGAAGCGUAGGGAGCGGGUCUUUGCUAGUAUGUCAAAAUUGUUGGGCUUGGCAAUUUAUUUUUACUUGUUAACCUGUUGGGUUUGACAUUUUGUAUCUACUUUUAGUUGCCAUUUGGCAAUAUAAUAGGAUAUUCGUGUUAAAUUUCUUUUACUAGAGUAUUUGUAAAACUUUAGGUUUAGGAAGAGGAAAGUGUAGUAGCGUACUAAUAGUCUAAUACUAGUACUUUGGAUAUUCCUUGUCAAGAAAAUGACGGCUGGUACGCGGUCGAAAAAAUCUUAUUCAUUUGAAGCAAUGAUAUUCGAUGAUUUCGAUUCGUUGAAAUACAAUCAACAUAUCAAAUGCAUCACAUUAGAGUUCAUUUUUAUACUAUCAACCCUCAAUUUCUGUUUCAUUCAGAAUCUACACAUAAUUUCUUCGUAAAAUAGAACCAAAGCUAUCUGUAUUUAGUUCAGAGCAUAACUUCUUUUAGUUGUGUUUUAUUCGAAGUUGAGACCCAAUUGAUUCCAUACUCCUCCCUAGUGGCAGAGCCAUGUUGAGCUCAGGAUGGGCUAUAGGCUCCCUCAACUUUCGAAAAUAGGUAAAUUUACAUGGAAAAAUGUGUAACAAAUUCUAAAACACAAGUCCAUUUACCAAAGACCAUGAUUCACACCACUCAAGUGUAUAUUUUUCAUCUCUUUCAAAUUUAUAGCUCCGCCGCUACUCCUCUCCUACUUGCACUUCUUAUGUUAGGUUUCAGAAUCAUGGGUAUGUCAACAGGUAAGGCCCAUGAUGAUGAUCAUCAUCAUCCCGCCAGAACACAAAAUUCCUCACUCUGACCUCAAGGCUCCAUUAAAGAACCUACCAGAUAUGCCUUAGCUAGCUAGCUUAUUCCCCACCUUAACCUUACUCCAUUUCUUACCCCGCUGGCUAGCUAACUCCAUAUAUACUUGCCUUUCCCAGCCAUUGAAAAGCUUCCCAUUGUUAUUCAGUGUACAAGCAACAGGGCAGAAAAUGAAGAUGUCAAUCUGUCAUUUCCGUUUAUGGAGCAGUUUGGUUCUUCUUUCCCUGGUCCUGUGGAGCGACACGAUCACUUCCGACGCUGCAAUUGGUUCAAGCUACCUGAGAAAGAUUCACGAGGUCAACAAGAUGGGUCCGUAUCUGGGGAUCGUGGUGCCCAACAUGUUCGAGAUGGACCCUCUUCUUCACUCCGAUCGCUUCGUCCCCGAUUCGAGGACUCCCUCCCUCGACAUUAUGGGAAGAAGGUUUAGGGUAGGAAAAGUGGGACAUCAGAAGGUUAUCAUUGUGAUGACAGGAUUAAGCAUGCUAAAUGCAGGGAUAACGACGGAACUGCUCCUGACGCUGUUCGAAGUGGAAGGCGUCGUCCACUACGGCAUCGCAGGGAACGCAAACCCUGAGCUCCAGAUCGGCGACGUGACGAUUCCACGGUAUUGGGCUCAUUCCGGGCUCUGGAGCUGGCAGAGGUACGGAUCCGGACCGAACGACACACUAGCCCAGGAGCCCGACGACGACAGCUUCACCAGGGAAAUCGGCUACCUGAGAUUCGCCAACUACAGCACUACAUCAUCGCCGGAGUCGGACAACUUUUUGAACAGCGUUUGGUAUCAACGGGAGGAGAUUUUCCCGGUGGACGGAUCCCCUGAAGUCAGGCAGCGAAUCUUCAAGGUCCCCGUCGAUUCGCGCUACAUGGAAGUGGCCAAAUCGAUCGAGAGAGAUGGCGUGGCGUUGGCGAGGUGCGUGAGCUGGACCGCCUGCCUUCCCAAAGCGCCGAUCCUGGCGACGGUGGAAAUGGGGGUGAGUGGGAGCGUGUUCGUGGAUAACAAGGCCUAUGGAGAGUUCCUGAAUUCGGAGUUCAACGCGACGGCGGUGGACAUGGAGAGCGCGGCGGUGGCGCUGGUUUGUUACCAGCAGAAGGUCCCUUUCAUUGCGAUCAGGGCUCUGUCCGAUCUGGCCGGAGCCGGAGGCUCCUCUGCUCGUUCCGACGAGGCUGACGCUCUCGUUCAUCUAGCAGCUGCAAAUGCAGUGCGGGUCCUGAUUAAGUUCAUCGCCGCAUUAGCAUCUUGGUAGAUUUUUAUACCGUACUUUCAGCAAAAUCGUCAGUAUGAUGAUCUCAAUCUAAUGUUGUUCAUUACCCAAAUCUUAAGACACAUGACAAUUUGAUUUGUCUUGCAUUAAUUAAGGUUUUUCCUUCCC